AUCACAUUCAAAUAAAAAAAAAACGUGCCACUUGUCUUUUGUUUUGAUCGAUCAUGUGCCGUUUGUCCUUUAUUUAUCAAUGGUAUCGAAGAUCAGAUCCAAGGCGAUCUGAGGCGUUUAGUCCCAAACGUUGACAUAAUUCCAUGGUUGUUCUGGUUUGCGUUCUGUCGUACUUUGCCUUUAACUAGUUUUCGGUUCUCGAGACUGGAAACAGAUGAGGGAUAUGGGAUUGGAUAGCUUAAGCUUGAACUAUUAUCUGGUGCCGGCGGGACUGUUUGUGCUGGGAAUAUACCACGUUUGGCUACUCAUCACAGUGCUAUGCAAUCCCUCACGAACUGUCAUUGGCCUCAAUGCUGUGGUUCGCACGCAAUGGAUCUUCUCCAUGAUGACUGACCCCUCGAAGAAUGGAGUUUUGAUGGUACAAACAUUGCGCAACAACAUAAUGGCAUCUUCCCUUUUGGCAACAGCAGCAAUCACUCUUUCUUCGGUAAUCAGCGUAUUCGUGAGCACCAGUUCGAGCUCCGAAAGCACUUCAACACAAAAACUUUCCUCUCUCCCUCUCUCUUCAAUCAAGUACUUCUGCGUUUUACUGUGUUUUCUCGUUGGAUUUAUCUGCAAUGUGCUGGCCACUAGAUACUUUGCUCAUACCAGCUUCUUGGCUACCCUGCCAGUAUGGACAGACAAAACAGAUUACGUUGAAUAUGUUGCGGUAACUUUGAAUCGAGGGAGUUACUUUUGGUCCUUCGGAUUGCGGGCGUUUUACCUCUCAAUUCCCAUGUUUCUUUGGAUCUUUGGGCCAAUUGCCAUGUUUGUCUGUUGCUGCCUUAUGUCAAGUGCCCUCUAUUUCUUGGACACUACCACCAGUUCAACACAACUUGUUCUCGGCUCUUCACUCAAAGAAGAAAGGGCGAGAACCAAUGAUGUGGAAUCAAUUGUUCAAUCAUCGUGCUGUUCCAAAUUCUCAGGGAAAACUCAGGCCGUGAGGACCUUAAUCACCUUCGCUUCCCCCUACUUACUGCCGAUUCAGCUUCUGCCUCUUAAUGUUGCCGGACAGUCUGCAAUGUGUUUCUGUUGCUGGUUGCUAAGUGUUUCCCUCUCUCGUCUCUGCGAGCAUUGCGUAGGCUUGAAGGUUCGCCUUUAUGUUUUCGCUCAGCAAAAAGGUGCUAUCUUCUGGUUCUAAACUUCUAAUACAGUGAGUCAUGGUUGUAUUUCAUUUUUAAGAGUUCAAUAACUCAUCAGUUGGUACACCCAGGUCGAGAAUCCUAAACUACGCUUCCUACUCGAACCAUCCUUACUCCUUCAAACAAGUGAGAAUUUUUUUUAUUUUUUAUUUUCCUUGUAAUUCAUUCAGCGAAUCAUCGUUCGCUGAAAGGCUAGAAAAUAAUAAAAAAGGCUAUGGGAUGUAAACAUUUCAUACUUUUGAGUUUUGAGACCUUAUCGCUGUAUAAAUUAAUCGAAAUAAAGUUUACAAACACGAUUCACAUUGUCAUACUAAGAUAUAUAUUUGGCCAAACAAGACUAAGCUAUUUGCCCAAA